AUGAGUGUUGACGCGAAUAUGGCCCCGCCCUCGCUUGGCCUUGUCAGGUGCCAGGAGCCCCGUCAGGUGCCAGGAGCCCCGUCAGGUGCCAGGAGCCCCGUCAGGUGCCAGGAGUCCUGUCAGGUGCCCGUCAGGUGCCAGGAGCCCCGUCAGGCAUGUGGAGGCAACGCCACGUGCAUCAAGGAUAGUGCUGGGGUGGCGUCCUGUGUUUGUCGUGCUGGCUUCGUGCUGCAGGCUGACAAGAAGACGUGCACAGACACGUGUGUGCUCAAGAGGUGUGGGGGUAACGCCAAGUGUGUGAAGAGCGCUGCAGGAGUGGCGUUCUGUGCGUGUGACACUGGCUUCGUGCUGCAGCCUGAUGGCGUCACGUGCACCGACGCAUGUGCACUCAAGGCGUGUGGUGGAAAUGGCACAUGCAUCAAGGAUGGCACUACUGGAGUGGCGUCCUGUGUGUGUGACACUGGCUUCGUGCUGCAGCCUGAUGGCAUCACAUGCACCGAUACCUGUGCCAUCAAGGGCUGCAAUGCUGCGGUUACCGAUUGCGUGAAGGACGCUGCAGGCGCCGCCUCCUGUGUUUGCAAGACGGGUUACCAGAACGUGUCGGGCACGUGCAUGGGGCCUGCCUCGAUGGGGGGUCUGCUCCCCACCCCAGGAGCCACCUGCACUGUGCUGACGUACAGCAAAGCACCCUACCCUACGGCCUGGUGUCAGCGCCUGCCUCGUGUGGGGUCUGCCCUGCAGGAGCCACCUGCACUGUGGUGGCCUGUCUCGUGUGGGGUAUGCCCUGCAGGAGCCACCUGCACAGUGGUGCCGUACACCAAAGCCGCCUAUUGCGCCUGCCCUCCUGGUUAUGGCAUGACCGCUGCUGGCUGCGUGCUCGGCGCCACUCCCACUGUCUCCUCUGCAAGCUUCACCUAUUACACGCUCCCAAGCUUCGGCAUAACACCCGCCGCCUACACCAUGCGCCUCGCCUACAAUGGCUGCACCAACCUCACAGCUGCCUCCGCGCCCAGCAUCCAGUCAUACUGCAAUGUGGAACGGGCGCCUGGAGGGGUGGGCGAUUGCACUGAGAUCCGCCAGUACUACCAGCCGGGGUGUGUUGGAGCGUACAGCCUGUUCCCUGUCACGCCAGGGACCGGCAUGAGCACUGGGAGUAUUCCCAACUGUCGCGGGUAUCCUUUCCGCUCCUUCGCCUGCUCUAUCACUGGUGGGUGUUCCUGUGUUGCUGGGUGUUCCUGUGUUGGUGGGUGUUCCUGCGCUGAGAAAUGCGCGCCCAACACGUGUGGUGGGAACAGCACGUGCGUGCAGGACAGUGUGGGAGUGGCCUUCUGUGCUUGUAAUGCUGGAUUCCUUCUGCAGGGCGACAGCAAAACGUGCACUGGUAUGUGCAUCUGUUGCACCGGAAAUGCUUAUCAGAUGAAGUACAAGGAGAGCCCCUAG